CGCUGGGCUGUUAGAUAAGUACUUCUUUCUAGUGUAUGAAAAAGAAUUGAUAGCUUUAGAAUGAUGGUCAAGGUUCAGAGUUCCUCUAUGUUUUUAUUUUGGUUUCUAUUGGAAUGCCUACUUCAUGUCUGCUUACCUUACACAGAUGGGGUUUAUCCUGCUGGGAAAGCAAUGGACUCACCAGGGAGUAGACAGUUACAAAGAUCAAAAGCUCUUGUGGAAGAACCCAGAGACUACAUUUCAGUAAUUCAUCCAACCCCAGGAACCUCAAAAACAUCACAGACUAGUGAUACACCUGAGCCUUCAGAGAGAACUUAUGACUUCAUGGCACCUUCUGCAGUCUUUAGAUCAAACUCUUGGAAAGCAGCAGCAAUUCCACGUAGACCUGGUCUUGUUCAUGUAAUUUCAAUUUCUAGUAUAGCCUUUGCCAUUGCCCUGAUAUGUGGACUCAUAAUCUCCUAUAUGAUAUAUCGGCUGGUAAAAGCUGAGGAACAACAGCAGCUUGCAAUGCUGUAUGAAAAGGUCGAGAUUCCCCUUUUAGAUGAGAAGGAGGUCUCAGAAGAUGAAGGCCAGGAUGAGUCUUCUAAACCACAUCCAGAGAAUGAGGAGCUGGAGAAGUUCAUCGGCUCAGUUAUUAAGACAAAAAGAAGGGAAAAAAUUUUGAAGAAGAAAGUGAAGGGAGAGAAAAAUCUUCUGCAGGAAAAUACAUCAGAGAGUUCCAAUUAUACUGCCAAAGUGGAGAGUCAUGACAAAACGGAAAAGGGCGAGAGCAGUGAGAAUCUGUGAAGACAGAAGAAAGUGUGGUGUCUGCUAGACAAUAUGGAGACAAAGUUGCAUGGGGAACAGAUGACUGAGAACAUAAACAGGACUUACUUCUACUUUCUUGUAGAACAUACUAGAGAAGUAAAUGUGAGAAGUAUAUAUCA